AUUUUUUUCGUCAAUAUUCAUGUCUUCAACAUCUCAAAAGCAUCAUCACCAUCAUGUUGCCGCUAGCACUUGUUCUGGUCUUCCUGAACUGUCACAUUGUUGCAUCCGCAUCCAUCAUCAACACCCUACCGGGCUUUUCUGGCAACCUCCCCUUUAAACUUGAAACUAGGUACGUGGGGGUGGGCGAUUUGGAUGAUGUGCAGCUGUUCUAUUACUUCAUUGAGUCGGAGAGGAGUCCCAAGGAAGACCCUCUACUGCUUUGGCUCACCAGAGGUCCCGGUUGCUCUGCCUUCUCCGGCCUUGUAUACGAAAUAGGUCCAGUAAUGUUCAACUACGCAAAUUCUAGUGGGAACGAACCAACAUUUGUGUUGAAUCCAUACUCAUGGACAAAGGUUGCCAACAUAAUAUUUUUGGAUCAACCUGUUGGUACUGGAUUCUCCUAUGCAAAAAGUUGGCAAGGAUACGAGACCGGUGAUAUAUCAUCCGCAUCUCAUACCUAUGAAUUUCUAAGGAAGUGGCUUAAAGAUCACUCUCAAUUUCUGAAAAAUCCACUGUACAUUACUGGUGAUUCAUAUUCAGGAAUAACUGUUCCCAUCAUUGUUCAAGAAGUGUCCAACGGCAAUGAAGUCGGGCAUGAACCACCAUUGAAUCUCAAAGGCUACGUGCUAGGCAAUCCAUUUACAGAACCAGUGUAUAACUCAAGAAUUAAAUUUGCUCACCGUAUGGCACUUAUAUCCGAUGCACUCUAUGAGUCAACUAGAACAAAUUGCAAGGGCGAGUAUGCUCAAGUAGAUCCAAGCAAUGCACCUUGUGUGGAAAACCUCCAAGAAGUCACUGAGUGCAUCCAAAAGAUAAAUCUUGCACAAAUAUUGGAGCCAAAGUGUAGUACUCUAUCUCCAAAACCAAAAAGAUUCAAAUGGGAUCAAAACUUUGCUGAAGAGGACUUGUUAGAUGUGCUGUAUUAUUCUACGAAAUCAUGGUGUCGUAAUUAUAACUAUGUCUUCUCCUUCAUUUGGGCUAAUGAUAAAACUGUCCAAAAUGCUCUAAACAUUCGAGAGGGAACAAUAAAGGAUUGGGAAAGAGGCAAUCAGAGCUUAUCUAGCAGUUAUGCACAUGAUGUGAGUACAAGUUUUGGCUAUCAUCGAAACCUCACUAAGAAGAACCUUAGAGCACUGGUUUACAGUGGUGAUCAUGACAUGGUUGUUCCAUAUGUGGGCACUGAAGAAUGGAUAAAAUCUCUAAAAUUGAGUGUUGAUUACCAAUGGAGACCAUGGUUUGAUAAUGACCAAGUUGCAGGGUACACCAACGCAUAUACAAGGAAAACGUACAGUUUGACAUUCGUGACUGUAAAGGGAGCUGGCCACACAGCUCCAGAAUACAAGCCUGUGGAAUGUCUUGCAAUAAUUGAUAGGUGGCUCGCAUAUUACUAUGUUUAAUUAGCUCAUUCAAGCAACUCCAACACACACAUAUAUAUAUUUGUAUUGAAAAUUUG